CCGGAAUCCAAGCCGGUGGAAAUUCACCGAGUACCCUCACAGAAAUGGGUAAAUUAUUGAGCAAAAGCAAAGGAAGUAGGAGAAACUGCGCUUAUGAGGCAGUUAGCGGCACUGAGAGAAACAUGGCAGAGGAGACAGAUAGCACCUGUCGGUUACGCCAGUACUCUCCUAUACACACUGAGGCUGUUACAAGUUUAGCUGCUGUGCACCCUGGAGCUGUUAUUACAGGGAGUAAAGACCAGUCUGUGGUUUGGUAUGAUUAUGAUAAUGGCAGUGAGAUAUCCAGAUGGAAUGGGCAUGACAAAGAAGUCACUAAGGUUGCUUAUGCCCAGCAUUUGAACAAGGUGUUCUCUGCCUCCAGAGACAGGACAGUGAAAUCAUGGCAGCCUGGGCAGUCCCAGCCACAGCACACAUUCCAGGGACAUGAAUUGGUAGUCACAGCUCUAUCUCUACAACCCAUGGACAACAGUCAGAUGAUCUCAGGGUCAAGAGACAAUGCGCUGAGACUGUGGGAUUUACAAACUGGAGAUUGUCUCAAGGAAAGUAAAGUGUCACGGAACCUGGUGACAGAUAUCAGUUGGGCCAAGAACAUGGAUGCUGUGGCACAGGUUGGAGAAGACAAGGAACUUAAGAUCUGGGAUCCAAGAACUCUGGAAGUGGUCCACUGUUUUCAGCGUAAACAGUAUAUUCAAACAUGCUGUGAUCUUACAGAAGAUGGAAACUACUGUCUCACAUGUAGUAAUGGGUUCUCUGGAAAUGGGUGUGAAGUAACGCUUUGGGACAUGAGAGCCAAGAGCCUGGUUUGUGAGUACAAAGGUCACACUGAGACAGUGGGAGCCUGUAUGUUUCUCCCUGGGGUAGCAGACAGGAGUUUGAUAGCCUCUGUAUCCAGUGACUGUACUGUCAGGAUAUGGGACAGGGAAACCACAGAAUGUGUAGGACAAGAAGUAAUAGCAGGGUCUGGUCCUCUGACCUCUAUGGUGGCAUACCAUGACGGAAGUAUAUGUGUGUCCAGCUUCAAUGCAGGUAUACACGUCUUUUCCAUAAAGGAGGAUACAAACGGACAACUGAGCUUAGAGAGACGAUUCCAAUUCUAAAUAUUUUCACUGGCCAUUGAGAUGAACCUAAGAUAUGAAGUGGUUGAUAUUCCCAGUGAGGUGUUAGGCUUUGACAGGUGCUUGCUGCUUAAUAUGGAGUAAUUCUGUUUACACCUACUUCAGCACUGCUGCCACAAAGAUGAUAUGUACUGUUUGUUUACAUGGGAGUGUUUAAACUCGUACUAGAAAAUAAUUAUUGGACCAACAUCAAAACGGUUUGUAAAACAUGUCAUUGAACGUGUAUCAUAUCUUUUAUUAAAAUUCAUGACCAUUAGAGCAGAUAGCUGUUUGGUUAAUAUUUAUUUGAUAUUUUUCAGGUGAAAUUUAUCAUAUUUUUUACAAAUGCAUAAUAUAUUAUAUAUUAGAAAAGUACCAGAUACUUGAAAGUGUUCAAAAUUUACAAGCUUUCCGUCCAAGUGAUAUUCAGUGGAGUUUCCAUUGCUCAACUGCACUAAGCACAACCACAGCAUCUAGGAUUUACUUAUCACAAUCAGCCAGGCAAUGUUGUUUUUUACUAUAUUGUAGUAUUUGUUUCAUUCCAUAUCUUAAUUACAUAAAGAGGAAUUUAUUUUAUGAAAAGUAGUAUAACAUAGUUGUUAACUUUUUUUUCAUAAAUAUAAUAUAAUCUUGCAAAAUUAUUUUUAUAAUCAUUUUUAAUUUCAUCUGCUUGGUAUUUUCUAUGUAUUGAUAGGUAUUAACUAGAAAAGUUUUGUAGACACUUAGAUAUUAUACACACUGUGCUUAUUAUGGUCAUUCUCUUUGUUUGCAGUUGUUGAGUCAUGUAAUUAGCACUCUCAGUACAUUUUUCAUUCAGUUUCACUCUCAGUCAAAGGUUUUUAGGAUUUAGGAACAUAAAACACUGUUUAACCUGUAAUGCAUACAAGCAGUCUAAUUUAAUUGCUUGUAAUUGAAAGUCUCGAUCAUUUCUA